AUGGCGCUGGCAGAAAACUACGCAAACAUUUCGCCGGAAAUUCUGAAGGGAGGCGCCCAGGAGGAUCGCGGGGAGACUGCAAGGAUGCAAUACUUUAUCGGCUCAAUAGCAGUAGGAGACCUGCUGAAAUCAACACUGGGCCCGAAGGGAAUGGAUAAACUGCUCCAGCCGAUGAACAUGGAGGGACCGAGCAGAGGAAUGAACGUGGUCACGAACGACGGAGCAACAAUACUUAAGUCGGUGUGGCUGAACAACCCAGCAGCAAGAGUGCUGGUGGAUGUGUCGAUGCAGCAAGACGCACAGUGCGGAGACGGAACGACAGGAGUGGUGGUACUGGCCUCGGAGUUGCUGAGAAACGCAGAAAAACUAAUAGAACAGAAGAUACACCCGCAGACAAUAUGUAUGGGAUACAGAAGGGCACUCAAAGUGGCGAGAGAGAGAUUGGAAGAGAUCAAGUUCAGCAGAAUCAGAGACCAGGAAAAGUUCGAAGAAGACCUGCUGAACAUAGCGAAGACGACACUCUCGUCGAAGCUGCUGAGAGUGGAGAAGGACCACUUCGCAAACCUGGCAGUCAAGGCGCUGCUGAGAAUGCACAAGCAACUGGACAGAACGAGCGAAGACGCGUCGUCGCACCUGAACCUGUCGCUGAUCCAGGUGAUCAAGAAGCCAGGAGGAACGCUGAAGGACUCGUACCUGGAGGACGGGUUCGUGCUGGAGAAGAGAAUAGGAGUGGGACAGCCGAAGAGAAUGGAAAACUGCAAAGUGCUGGUGGCAAACACGCCGAUGGACACAGACAAGGUUAAAAUAUACGGAGUUAAGGUGAACGUGGACUCGUUCGAAGCAGUGAGCGCACUGGAGAAGAGCGAAAGAGACAAGAUGAAGAAGAAAGUUGACAAGAUACUGGCACACAACUGCAACGUGUUCAUCAACAGACAGCUGAUAUACAACUACCCAGACCAGCUGUUCAAGGAAGCAGGAGUGAUGGCAAUCGAGCACUCAGACUUCGACGGAAUGGAGAGGCUGGCAGCGUGCCUGGACGCGGAAAUAGUGUCGACAUUCGACACGCCGGAAAAGGUGAAGCUGGGAAGGUGUGACCUGAUCGAAGAGGUUAUCAUCGGAGAAGAUAAGCUCAUCAGGUUCUCAGGCUGCGCAAGAGGAGGAGCCUGCAGCAUCAUUCUGCGCGGAGCCUCCACGCACGUGCUCGACGAGGCGGAGCGCUCGCUGCACGACGCACUGGCAGUGCUAAGCGAGACAAUUAACGACGGAAGAAUAGUCUGCGGAGGAGGAUGCGCGGAGCUGGAAAUGGCGCACCACGUGGAGGAGCACGCGAAGACAAUAGCAGGCAAGGAGAGCCUGGCAGUGGAGGCGUUCGCACACGCGCUCAGAACGCUGCCAGGCCACAUCCUGAGCAACGGAGGCUUCGACAGCGCAGAGGUGGUGUCGAAACUGAGAGCGGAGCACGCAAAGGGAAACGUCAACGCAGGAAUAGACAUAGACAAGGGGGGAGUCGGCGACAUGAUGGAGCUGGGCGUGUUCGAAAGCUACAAGUCGAAGCUGUCGCAGAUAUGCCUGGCGACGGAGGCGGCGGAGUCGAUAAUAAGAGUGGACGACAUAAUAACCUGCGAGCCGAGGCAGAGGCAGCCGGGAGUGUGA